UUUAUUCGAUUCGAAGCAAGCUUAGUCUUAAAAUAUUUAAUUUCUUGUUUGCGUUUGUAAAUUGAAAAGUUUUUUUAAGUUUAAUAUUGUUCAAAAUUACUGCAAUUAUCGAUAUUAAUCGAUAUCAAAAUGUGCACGCCAUGUGAUAACUUCAUAACACCGGAUCAAGUAAUAAAUCUACGAUGUGACAAGGAGAAUUUUACGAGUAAAAUGCAGGUGCAGAUCCAGAAAUCCUGGAUGCGGCCUCGGUUCAUGUUCGUCUUUGAGAACGGGGAUCUAAACACGGCUGCCCACUGUCUGGCCGAGAAUAUGCACGAGCCCUUCGAGCCCUACCCCAUUGCCAGUGUGGCCGUGCAACAGUCAGUGCGCGAUGAAUUCAUUGAGCGCGUCAAGUAUCGCUUCCACCAGCUGCCGCCACAUGUGGCCACCCAUCCGAAUUUCGAGCGCUCGCUGAAGGAGCUGCAAGUGGGCGGCAUUAAAUAUGAGGUCGCUGACAUUGAGAACGCACCGCCCGUCGCCAGUCCGAUCAUUGUCACUGACAACAUAACCCACUUGCACUUCAGCACCACCCCGACGGGCGUGGUCACUCUGAAGAGUUUCGAAACCAUAAGCCAGGCAGCGGAUAUCAUUGUCAGGGAGCAGCCGCCUUUUGAUGUGAUACACAUCUUCGACGAGAGCAUCGUGACCGUCUAUUCAUUGGCCUCGCGAAUCACUGGCACUCAGUUCUAUGUGAACUGCAUGGAGGUGUGUCUAUUGCCAAUACUGCCGUUCUACAGCUCGAAGCAGGCCUGCACCAAGCUCUACGACGGCUAUCACUUCGAGACCCUCGAACUGGGCGCGCAUUGGCGCAUUAUCGUCUUCCCCUACCACACAACCUAUACGAAUCGCUGCUGUUGUCCGCUGGACGAAUGCUAUUGCACACAAAAUAACCAUCAUUGCUGUGAAUAAAGCUCAUCAUUUCGCAUAAUCGCACUUAACCUGCAGCCCAGCAAACAGUCUGAGAAUACAAACUAAAAAGAAAACCCGGCGUUACAGACGCUUAACUUCCUGGCGGGCUGCAACAUCUGCCGCAGUUGAGUAUCUCGAGAACUUAGAGAAUAUCGCCAUUUCUGGCUGGCAAUUGGACUGACAACACAUGUGUCACAUAAUUUUCGCGGUUGUUGGAUUCCAAUUUAGUUCUACAGUAGACAUUAGAUAUAUUAAAUCAAGAUGCGUGCUUAAAUUUAUGUGCAAUUUUUGUGCAUGCCAAUUUCAGCUGAAUGAAUGAAGAUCAUGAGCAGAAAACUUUCUUUAAUAUGUACAUGUAUAGCUAUUUUAAAUAUUAUAAAAAAAUAUAAAAAAUA